GGCAACCAUGCUCCAACCAGUGUGUGGACAAUAAAGCUUCCUCUCUGUUAAAACUAAAAGAACCUUUUAUAUCAACCAUUAAAAUGAAAUGCUUGAUUGAGCUCUAAUAUUUUAUAAAAUCAGAGUUCACAGAAAUGGUGACUACGGCCGGAGGAUCCAUUGCUUUUUCGAGCUUUUCAUCUUCUUCUUCAUUCAACCAUAAAUGCAGGCCACGCUCCAGCCUUCCACUGGUGAUUAAACUAGUAACUCCACGGCAACGAAAUAUGGCCUGCUUGGCAGUUCAAGAAUCAUCUACUUCCACAGUUGCCGCUGAAACAAAGGAGAAAACGGAUGAAAAGCCGGCUGAAGAAGCCGUGGCCUCGAAGCCAAAGCCGAAGGCUGCAGCCAAAGCUCCAGCCAAAGGUUUGCCUCAGCUGAUGGAGGAGGAUGUCAUCCCUGCACUCAAAGAUACUCUACAAACUCAAGAUGAUAUCUCAGAACUUGAACUAUCAUUUAAUGACAACAAGUUGGAAGGUUCAUUUUUUAAGAAAGGCAACCCAUAUUCAUUUUGGGCAUUCUUCCCUGAUGGAAAUCUCACAGGUCCCAAAGGUUUCUCUCUAUCUUCAUAUGGGACAGGAGUGAGCACUGUAGAGCCAUUUCUAGUUGAUGAGAAAAGACCAACAGCCAAACAUGUUGUAUUCUGGGUUGAGAAGCGUUUGGCUGCUCAAGGAAUAAUUCCAGUGUGGAGUGAGUAACAAAUCUUCAAUAACAAUACCAGCAACUUAUUCCAUUUUUGUUGAUGAUGAUGAUCUAGCAUCUUGUAAAUGAAAUUAAUUGUUUAUAUUAUUUGCAUACAUACGCUUUACAUAAAAAAUAGUUCAUUUAAUUAGGAAUA